AGUGGCGAGAGUACUGAGUUGUAAGCUUGUUCGUGCAGGAAGGCGAUGCAACUAUUCUUCGGCUCCUCAAUCAGCCAAUAUCAUUCUUCUUGACAUAGAUCAAUUCAAUUCCAGAUUGAAUAAGAGCACGAUGUUUAAGCGACCGUUUACAUUCAUAUCGAACGCAAAGCCGUGUCCUAAAAUACCAGUCUUCCAGCCCUCUCGAAAUUUCACAUAUCAAGCUCCUCGUUUAGCAAAAUCUCUGACACAAAAAGGUUCUAAAAUACAAACGAACACCAAACCCUCCAGCCAGCAACAUUCUCGCAAGAAUGUUACAGACAUAAGAUUCAUCGGCCGACGAUCUGCAAGUCUAGCGGAACUCGAUCGAAAAGUAGCGCAAAAUGGCGAAGUUCUCCUAUUCAAAGCAUCGCCGCAACGAUCCUAUAUAAUCGGCGCAUACGGUAUCGGCGCGUUCGCAUUCGGAUAUGCCGUUAUCAAUUCGUCGCUUGAUUAUCAGGAUACGCGGUCCAAUCUAGCUUAUUGGCAAAAGAGUCUGAACAUUGUGUUCAUUGCGAGGACAUCAAGAUUGGUCAGGGAUAUAACCGCUCUGGACGUAAAGGGACAGACUCUUCUCAGAGUCAGAGUGCGCUCCAUGAUUCCCUUUCGAAAACCAUACACAAUCACUGUCGCGCCGAAUCAAGUGCUUUUCAAUGAACGACUGGUCGCGGGCUCUGGUAGUGUGCCUCGGGCUCGAGACAUCAACAUAUCCUUGUUUAAGAAUCCCCUGAAAAUGAUCAAUUUCAGCCUUUUUAAGACUUUCAUAUCUAUUCGCCGAGUCUUUACGCAGGAGGAUUUCAUCAUGAUGGAGAUGCAGGGUCAAAAGGGUGCUUAUCGGGUCGGGAUUGAUGGCUAUGUGUCUGAUGAUUUGCUUUCCAUUACGAGUCCUACAGGGCGCCGAUGA